GUUUGAAGCCGCACAAUGGGCGGAGAUCUCUGCUGUUUCCUUCAAAAACCAACUGAUCAUCAUCUUGCGGGAAACGGCAGAAGGAUUUCAGCGAAAUGUCAGUACUCAAGCAAAGUUGUACAGAUGAUGAGACGUCAUUGCUGAAGAGUUUACAUUACCAAUCCUGGAACUGUUUGUUAUAACAUCUUACAUUUAACACAUGCUGCUGCCCAUUGGAUACUGGAUUAAUCCCAUCCAAACAUCCAUAACACAGCUUUACAGACCAGGGUUAUAUGUGUUGUCUUGAGCUGUGGUCCAACUCGACGAGGACAUGGAGCCCAACAUGGAGUACAUCAUCACACAGGUUACGCAGAAAGAGGUUGGACGGCGAUUUCAAGUGGGACCGGAAAUCAUAGACUACAUCCUGGACCGACAUAAGUCACAGGACUUGGAACAGGAUCAGACCAUGCUGGACCGGAUGGUGGACAGUUUGGCCACUUCGUGGGUCAAUUCAAGCAAUUUCAAGAUGGCUUUGCUGGGGAUGGAGAUAGUCUCAGCUUUAAUAACCAGAUUACAGGAACGCUUCAAAACACAAAUAGGAACAGUUCUUCCUAGUUUAAUUGAUCGUUUAGGUGACACUAAAGAUCAGGUUCGAGACCAAGCACAAACACUGCUGUUAAAAAUUAUGGACCAAGCAGCCACUCCACAGUAUGUUUGGGACCGAAUGCUGGCUGGAUUCAAACACAAAAACAGUCGGACCAGAGAAGCUGUUUGCUUUUGUCUUAUUUCAACACUUAAUGUAUACGGGGCCCAAGGUUUAACACUUAGCAAGAUUGUUCCUCAUAUUUGUCAUCUGUUGGGAGACCCCACGAGUCAGGUUCGGGAUAGUGCCAUGAAUUGCUUGGUGGAGAUUUACAGACAUGUUGGAGAAAGAGUUCGCAUGGAUUUGGGCAAAAAAGGCCUUCCACAGUCACGGUUAAAUUUGAUCUUUAAGAGAUUUGAUGAUGUUCAGAGGUCUGGGAAUAUGAUUCUGUCUGCAGAUAAGAACAUCGAUGAUGAUGAUUCUGUGGAUGGAGGACGUUCCUCAUCUUUAUCUAAAGGAGCAUCAUCCGUGCGUAGGACAGGAUCCCUGCGGCGGACGAGCUCAAAGAGUUCAGGUAAAGAAGGGUCGAGUGCUGGAGGCGUUGAUGAAGAAGACUUCAUUCGUGCCUUUGAGGACGUGCCUGCUGUACAGAUCUACUCUGGCCGUGAGCUGGAGGAAUCCAUGAACAAGAUCAGAGAAAUUCUCUCAGAUGACAAACACGACUGGGAGCAGCGAGUGACUGCACUGAAGAAGGUGCGUUCCCUGGUGUUGGCCGGUGCGUCCCACUACGAGGGCUUUACCCAGCAGUUACGACAGCUUGAAGGGGCUUUUAAACUUUCUGUCAAAGAUCUGCGGUCACAGGUGGUGCGUGAGGCCUGUAUUACACUCGGGCAUCUGUCGUCUGUGUUGGGGAAUAAAUUUGAUCACGGAGCAGAAAGCAUCAUGCCGAUGUUACUGAAUCUCGUCCCUAAUAGCGCCAAAGUCAUGGCCACGUCUGGAGUCGCUGCCAUUCGACUAAUAAUACGACAUACUCACUAUCCUCGACUCAUUCCCAUCAUGACCAUCAACUGCACAUCUAAAUCAGUGGCCGUCAGACGGCGAUGUUUUGAGUUUUUGGAUCUUUUGCUGCAGGAGUGGCAGACGAGUUCAUUAGACAGACACAUCACUGUUCUUGUGGAGACCAUCAAGAAAGGAGUUCACGAUGCAGAUGCUGAAGCCAGAUCAGUAGCAAGAAAGUGUUACUGGGGUUUUCAUUCACACUUCAGUAAAGAGGCGGAGCAUCUGUUUCAGGCUCUUGAAUUGACCUAUCAGAAAGCUCUGCAGUCUCACAUGAAGAGUUCAGACAGCGUCGCAUCUCUUCCUCUGUCCGACCGCUCGUCCUCCAGCUCUCAAGAGAGUCUAAAUCGGACGUUACCUGCAAAAACGCCUGUGGCAAGCAACUUAAGCAGAACUAAAUCUAUGAGUUCUCGCACGUCCUCUGCGUCCGGUUCGAUGCAGCGCUCGCGCAGUGAUGUGGAUGUCAACGCAGCAACCAGUGCCAAAUCACGCAUGCCCGCUGUACCCACUGCCACCCCAUUCAGCUCAGCCGCAGCCCUGCCGCCCGGCUCCUACGCAUCUCUGGGUCGAGUCCGAACAAGACGACAGAGUUCAGAAACCGCUGCUGGUGGCAGAGCCUCUGUGACGGAGAGCAGGGGGCGGAGUCGAGCCAAAACUGUGUCCCAAUCACAACGAUCCAGAUCAGCAAAUCCAGUGGGUGGUAAAAGUCACGCCGGAAGUCGCACGACUUCACCUGGAAAGCUCUUGGCUCGUUUUUCUGGAAGAAUCCCUCGAGGAGCUGGAACGCCAUCAGACAAACGCAGUAAAAUCCCACGGAGUCAAGGCUGCAGUCGAGAGACGAGUCCCAGCCGGGGCAGAGAGGUACGGGGCAGUCGUAUCCCACGGCCCAGCAUGAGUCAGGGUUGUAGUCGUGACACCAGUCGAGAAAGCAGUCGUGACACCAGCCCGGCACGAACGUUCAGUCCGCUGGAUCGCUUUGGUCUUAUCCAUCAGGCUCGUAUCUCAGCAUCUGUUAAUGCCAUGAGGAUAUUGAAUACAGGUUCAGAGGUGGAAGCUGCUGUUGCUGAUGCUCUGCUUUUAGGAGACUCCAGGAAUAAGCGGAGGCCGACAAGACGACGGUUUGAAUCUCCAGGUAUGUGUUCUGAUGAUGACGCCACGAGUGACGCGUCCAGCGCGUGUUCAGAGCGUUCCUUCAGCUCACGAAGCGGUGGGAUUCCUCAUUACCUGCGUCAGACGGAGGACGUGGCCGAGAUUUUGAAUCACUGCGCCAGCUCCAACUGGUCUGAGAGGAAGGAAGGACUUCUGGGACUCCAAAACCUUCUGAAGAGCCAAAGAGUCCUCAGUCGUGUGGAGCUGAAGAGAUUGUGUGAGAUCUUCACCAGAAUGUUCGCAGAUCCUCACAGCAAGAGAGUGUUCAGCAUGUUCCUCGAGACGCUGGUGGAUUUUAUUCUGCUUCACAGAGAGGAGCUGCAGGAUUGGUUGUUUGUUCUGCUCACACAGCUGCUGAAGAAAAUGGGAGCCGAUCUUCUGGGCUCGGUCCAGGCUAAAGUACAAAGGGCACUAGAUGUCACCAGAGAUUCGUUCCCGUACGAUCAACAGUUCAACAUCCUCAUGCGCUUCAUUGUUGAUCAGACACAAACUCCAAACCUCAAGGUAAAGGUGGCCAUCCUGAAGUACAUUGAAUCUUUGGCAAGGCAGAUGGAUACCUCAGACUUCGUGAACUCCAGCGAGACGCGUCUGGCCGUCUCUCGGAUCAUCACGUGGACCACAGAACCAAAGAGCUCAGAUGUGAGGAAGGCUGCUCAGAUGGUGUUGAUCUCCCUGUUCGAGCUCAAUACCCCGGAGUUCACGAUGCUGUUGGCCGCUCUGCCCAAAACCUUCCAGGACGGAGCCACGAAACUGCUGCACAACCAUCUGAAGAACAGCAGUAUCUCUACCGCAGUAUCUCAGGCAUCUCCCAGCAACACUAUGGGACGGACCCCCCCAAAACAUCCCGUUACCCGGACGAGCCCCCUGAUGUCACCCACAAACUGUUCACGUGAAGGACUUUCUCCAAGUGGUUUCUGGGGCUGGAGCUCAAAGUUUUCCUCUCCUCUCUCACACUUUUACCCCGGCCCCUCCACCCCUCCUCUCAGAGCUCAUCGGAGAGCUCAUUCGCCCAGUAUGUUGGAGUAUGACACAGAAAAUAUGAACUCAGAUGAAAUCUUCAGCUCAUUAAGAGGAGUAACGGAGGCCAUCCAGAGCUUCAGCUUCCGGAAUCAGGAGGAGAUGACCGAGCCGAUCAAACGUGACGGCAGGCGGGAUGAUACAACGGGUGUGGAUUCGCGUCUAUCAGCAGGAGUGACAGAAGGAGGUCGCACCGCUCUGGACAAUAAAACAUCUUUAUUAAACACACCAUCCCCGCGGUCAUUCAGCGGCACAUGGAUGAGAGAAUACAACCCAUAUAACUACAGCGACUCCAUCAGUGUCUAUGAGAAAACAACACCUGCUGUGAGAGAUGGCACAGAGUUCAGAGAUGGUCACGACCACGGUGAAAACAAAAUCAUGCGUGCUAAAAGCUUUUCUGCAGGACCCAGGCCUCACCUGGAGAUGGUCGGUGACCUGCUGAAGGAGCUGUCCAAUCACAGCGAGCGUGUGGAGGAGAGGCGGGCCGCUUUACUGGAGUUACUAAAAGUUACCCGUGAUGACAGUCUGGCCGUAUGGGAGGAGCAUUUUAAAACCAUGCUGCUAUUGCUGUUAGAGACGCUGGGAGACAAAGACCACACCAUCCGAGCGCUGGCUCUACGCGUACUCAAAGAGAUCAUGCGCAGUCAGCCCGCACGCUUUAAAAACUAUGCAGAACUGACCAUCAUGAAAACACUGGAGGCUCAUAAAGACAGUCAUAAAGAGGUGGUUCGGGCCGCUGAAGAGACGGCGUCCACUCUGGCCAACUCCAUUCAUUCUGAACAAUGCGUCAAAGUUUUGUGUCCCAUCAUCCAGACGGCAGAUUAUCCCAUCGACCUCGCAGCCAUCAAAAUGCAGACUAGAGUCAUUGAGCGCAUUUCCCAGGAUUCCCUGCUUCAGCUCUUGCCUGACAUCAUUCCAGGUCUGCUACAGGGCUAUGAUAACACAGAGAGCAGCGUUCGUAAGGCCAGCGUCUUCUGUCUGGUGGCCAUUUAUUCUGUGAUUGGUGAAGAUCUGAAGCCACACCUACAGCAGCUCACAGGCAGCAAGAUGAAGCUGUUGAAUCUUUACAUCAAACGAGCUCAAACCACCACCAGCACCAGUAGCAGCUCAUCUGAUAUCUCAUCACACAGCUGAAUCUGGUACCCAUCUCAUCUGUCUCCGCUGUUAUUGACUCUAAAACAAUCAGUUUUAAUCCUGAAUCAUUUCCUAACGCUCACAAGCUGUUUUGCACAUAUAAGUGCUGCAAUCCUUUAUUAUGUAUGUAGAUUUUGUUUAGGCACUAUGAUGUAAAUAUGCUUUCUUUUAUGAUAUUUUAACACUUAACUGCAGCCUGUCGGCUGUUUUUGAGUUUAAAGAAAAAUCUGCAAACAACAAUUUUAGAAACCCAUCAGUGGGGUUUUAAUUCUUGACCAGAAGGAUGUUUCUCAUGAUCAUCACAAUCAAAGUAUUUCACAUUUAUUUGAAAGCUUUUGCUCUGAUGUUUAUCCUCGUCACAUGUUCACCGUUACAUCACAUUGUUUAAGAGGAGAUAUUACGGCAUUAGUGAAUGUAAAUCCACUAAAAGACAUCCAAAGGAGUUUCUGACAGGAACAAACACUACUUUCAGUCUGUGAUGAGUAUUACAAUGAAUGAACAUUUUAAAAUAUGCAAGAACAAAAGAUUGUAUUUAUACAUUAUUGUUAUGAAGUGCUAAUAAUAAGAUUUUGUUGGAUGUAAGUGUGGAAGAAUGAUUUGUUUGAUAAUCCCUUUUUGUUUUGUGAAUGUGUUUUAAGAGGACCGUGACAUUUCAACACUAAGAGAGACAGAAAGAAAGAGUUUCUGCUUUUGUGAUUUAAGAGCCUUUGAACAGAAGGCAUUUAAAAAAAUCUCAAUGUUACAUACAGACAUGAAAUCUCUCAAAGAGCAAAUCUCAAUCAUCCCAUUUAAAGAUUUUACUUUUGAAAGUACUUAUCUUGCAGGACAAAUAUUGAUAGUCUGUUAUAUUUAACCUAACAGUAGUGUCAUGAAAUGCACUCUAAAACUUAAGUUAUCUGUGAAACUCUUUAGAGAAAUAGAUUGAACAAAAAUAAUCCAAAUUGGAUUUAAUUCGUCAAAAUGUUGUUUAUACCCAGUUUUCUGGUUUUACUAAAGUUUGUGUGGCUGUUUGUUAAACUGUUUUAAAUCUUGGUGCUUAAUUGUUUCACUCUGAAUGUUUAACUUUAGUCUUUCAUUCGUUUUGCUUUCAUUUACUUUGACAGCCAUUUCUAAAAAAACACACUGACAAUAUCUUAAAGCUGUAGUUAGAAAUCCCAAAGAGCAUGCACACGCACAUGCACAAACACGCACACGCACACGCACACGCACACGCACACACACACACACACACACACACACACACACACACACACACACACACACACACACACACACACACACACACACACACACACACACACACACACGCCCAUGCACAAACACACACAUGCACAAACACACACACACACACGCAUAAACAUACAUGCACAAACACACACACAUGCACGAACACACAUAAACACACGUGCACACUCACAGAGACAUACACACAAAGUAAAUGAUUAAUUUAGCAGAAAUGAUGAAGAUGAUAUAUUUUUAAGUUUCAUUUGCUACAGUAGUUACAAGAUGUUUAGCAUGAAUAUUUAAUAAUCCUUAAAUCUUUGAUUUCAUACGGACACUUCACUACUGUAAAAUAAUACGAGUAGGAGCGGCGCACAAACUAACGCUUUUUGACUUUGGCUCUAUCAUUCAAAAAAUAUUACCGGUAGUUAGUAAAUCAUUUUUUUACACAAUCAAUACACACAUCUCUGCUACAAAUAAACACUAAAAGUUUAAUGUGGGACCAUUGCAUUUUACAUUUGUAAUUACAAUUACAUUCAAUAUCUUAACCAAAACACAUCAACACUUUUCACAACUUCACAUGAGAUCUUCUGACAGUAAGAAAUAAAAACUAAAAGCACAGAUUGCUCAGCACUGUAUAAAUAUGUAAAGUAGCCGCGUUACAACUAACCUGGUGUUAGUUUGUGCUCCGCUCACCCCAUUAUAUAUAAAUCAUUAUAAAGUAACCUGAGACUUUAGUUCAACUACAUUAUUAAAAGCAACUCUUUAUAACUGAUGAUCACAAACUAUAUGACUAAAAUAAGUUCAUGUACAGAAGUGAUGGGAGAAUAAAACACUUGAACACUUUCUUCAUUUCAGUACAGAAAGACAUCUGCAGUAUUGAUUUAAUAUCCAUCUCUGAUUCAUUCUUUUAUUAAAGCUGUACAUUUGACUUCUUUUCUUUGACUUUCACCUUACAGUCUGUAAACUUGAUUCACUCCAGAUAAACUAAACCUCAAAGUUUGA